AGCAGGCCUGGCUAACGAGAUCCCCCGGCAAAGCCCAUCGCAUACUACAAACGUGCUCCGUAACGACGUCGCGAGAGAGUCCACCUUCGGAUGGGAAGUGGGAGACACCAAUAGCCUCAGGAGAUGGCCCCCCCAUCAGGACAGCGUCACGUCUGCCACUGCGGAAGAGGCUUCCUUCGCAAAGAGCACCUUCGCCGCCAUCAGGCUAUACAUAGCAGUCCCUCUUUUACGUGCCAUGUGUGCUCUCGAUCGUUUAGUCGCAGCUCCUCCGUCGUGAGCCGACCAAAGGGACGCAGGCUAAAGGUUAGAAAACCCGGUCGUUAUAGUGAUCUUCUUCGCCGCCAUCUGACAUUACACGAUGGCCCUGCUCAUUCGGAUUCUAAACGGGUACGAGCCUGUGAUGCCUGCCACGCCAGCAAGAUCCGAUGUGAUGGAGGCACGCGGUGCUCUCUAUGUACCAAGCGAGGGAUAGACUGUGCAUUCACAAGAGGACCUGGGCCCAAUGGCACGUCUGAUUUGCAGCGAAGAAGCGUCUCUUCAUUGCCAUCGACUUCUAAAUCCCAUUCGCCCGAUACUCCCACGCCCAGCAUACCGACCUCAGAUGCCGAUGGCACUGUUAAGACUGUUACAAGCCUCUCCACCAGCUACACAGAUAUCGUGGGCCCUGCAGAUCAGGCAACGCAGCAUCUGAAUCCAUCCAUCGCCACGGCGGGGCUGAAACUAAUCCUCAACGUCAUUUCCAACCCCCUAUCAUCGGAAACAAUGUCAAGAAAUCGACUACAACUGCCUGAAGAGAUAGAAAAGUGGUCCUCGGAAUGUCUAAGAGCAUACAUCACAAACUUCCAUGACCGGUGGCCCAUAUUGCACAUCCCAACCUUUGAGCGGGAGGUGAUUUCCAUCGGGCUAAGAAGCACCGCCAUCAUGAUCGGCUCUUGGGUCCGGAACGAGACUGCAGACAACAGCCUCGUAUACGACAUCCACAGCAUCCUUGUCAAGAACCUCCUCGCUGAUCUUAAUGACACACUCAUGAAAAAAGGUCGCCUCCUAUACAGCCUUCUUGUCACUGUAUUCCGACAACUCAAAGUCUUCAACGCCGAGGCCGUGGAGCAUCAGAUUCGGAUCCAUUUCAGCGGCGAUUUCCCCCCAUGGGCGUUUGCCAUGAAGGAAAAGUGGAAAAGGCUAACCACCAAUCUGUUCAAACUCGACACAUAUAUAUCCCUAUUAACGCAACAACCACCAUCAGUCCAACGCGAAGAAAUGAGCCUCGGCUUAACCUCCACAUUCGCCCUAUGGAACGCCUAUGGCCUCGAUGUCUUCUUCAGGAGAUGGCCUUCCGAGCCCCUGGAGCGAUCAUCGUACAAGAUCUGCGACCUCGCGCUGGGAUCUCAACAGCCAAUAUCGCCCGUCAUGCUCGUCGAAGACAUACAGAUCCGCAUGAUGGGCGUGACCAACUACGUCUGGAUCCUGAGCAAGAUGCGAGGGAACCCGAACCCGGCACUAUGCGCAUCCGCCGACCAGAAAGAGCUGAUAGCCACCCGUCUAAAGCGCUGCAAGCUGCAACUGGAUGGCAUGGCUGCUUUGUGGAUGGAUCCAGAACAACACAAGAUGCACAUUGAGUUCCUGCUUAGAGCGUACAUGGGCUCGGAAGAGCCUUUCCACAAUGACUGGGAAAAGUACUCACGGGGCCGAUUCUUCUCGUAUGUCUUUAGCGCCACCAUGAUGUACCACCUCCUCAGCAUGCACAUCUACGCCGACGCGCAAAGCUACAUGCAAAACCUCCCAGGCAUCACAUCAAGCCUGGCCCCCUGCGGCAUUACUCUCCCGAACCCCCCCAAUACUGCUGAAAUCAAGGAGUGGGCAAUGUCCAUGGACAGCAGAAUUGCAGUCUCACAUGCCAUCGUCGCAUACCGCGUCUAUAGCGGCCAUGUGUCCCCCUCUGAACUGAAAGCCGAAGUCGUCGAUCCCAUCGCCCACAUGACCAUCGCGGUAGGGGCUGGCAUUUUAUGGACGUGGAUACAAAACAACGGCAUGACGUGCACCUGCGAUUGCAUGAAUGUGCCGCUCGUUGACGGGCUGGACUUUGGCUUUGUGCGUCUAGAGACGGGGAAGAGCCCGGAAGUGGAAAGCUGGAUACGAACUGGGGGUGAUGUCUGGCUCAACGGAGUCCAGGUAUGUAAAUGCAAUGUAGGGGUUUGGCUUUCGCCAUUUGCUGCGAUACUGGCGCACGGGGCGAGGAAAUGGGAAAUUGGUAACGCAUUUGCGCAGAAGCUGUGGAACCAGCUUGGACUUCAGCGAUCUGUUUAGUAUAUGUUAAACUUUAUGAAAUUGGGACAACGGAGUUUCUGUUUUGCAUAAGAGCAUUGUAUGAUUGGCAAGGAAGCAAGGUAUCUGGAAUGUAUAUAACUAAGCUGCAUAUAGGUACUCACAGUAUAAAUGAUAGGUACUAGGCAUGCAUUAUUGCCAAGUAGAGGACCUACCUAUACAGACAACAAGGUCAGAAUGACAUGAGUGUUUUCAACAAAAA